UUGCGUGAAUAUAAUUCUUACAGUAAACACUCUUCUCCGUUUUUCCUCUUCCUGCCUUCCGUGAUUCCAUCUACUCCGCGACGAUCACCCUCCAUGGAGGGACCGACACUAUCACUCUCCAUCGAAAGCGGACCAAGGAAGGGGUUAACCCUAGAAUGCAUGCCCGGAGACCAAAUUCACAUUGGCCGAGUCUUUCGAGUUAACGCCCUUACCAUUAGGGAUCCAGCCAUCUCCCAGUAGCAUCUUGCCGUCCAAUUCCUCUCGGAAGUCAAUAGCUGGGCCGUCGCAGACCUCGGCUCCUCCAAUGGCUCCUACGUCAACGGCACUCUCGUAUCCUCGUCGGCGGAGAUAUCAUCCGGAUAGGCGAGAAAACGAGCAUUGUAGUCCAUGUUUCCGCUCAUCUAGCCGAGCCACCACCGUUUAUCGCCGUUGGAGGAGAAGGUGAAUGAGCCGCAUAAAAUUGGAGGGGGAGGGAGGGCGGGUGGAAGAAAGAGGAAUAACGAGAACCUCCAGCCGGUGCUGAUGGAACCGAGUAUGGGGAGGGGGACGAAAGCAUCAGCUAGGGCUAGGUCUACCGGGGUUUCUGAGAUGAAGGUGUUGGAGGAUAGGGCUAUUGUAAUUUCCGAUUCAGAGUCUGUAGAAGGGGCUGAGAAAAAGAAGCCACGCAAACAGAGCAGUGCUGGUGCUGAGGCAGAGAAGCCAUCCGUGGGUGGAGAAGCACGGGAUGAAGAUGUGGAGGAUUAUAUGGAUAACAUCACUACGACUGAAUGGUUUGAUAGGAUGGAGGAGUAUUUACCCAAGAUAAUAAAUAGGGUUGCUGAGAGGAUUAUAGCAAAGUUGAGAGAUAAAGCAUGUCUAUUUGAUGAAUAUAUCGUUCAGACUUCAACUUCUAUAUAUGAGCAGAGAUGAUAUCCAACAAGAGGCUUUCAUGACACAUGAGCAAAGAAGCAGAUUGCUCAUUCAUAAAGGUCACUAGGCCAAUACUUCAUUUCCAAGGAGGCAAGGCAUAAACAUGGCAUGGCCUUUAUUUGAGAACAUAAAAUCUGUUUUUCGUACUUGAAUUUUUCAAACUUACAAUUUCAAUCUGAUCAAUCUUAUUGUUUCUGUUAUGCUCCAGUU